AAAUGUAGGCUAAAUUUACAACGGAGUGGAGAGCAGAAGUCUCAACUCGCAAGCAAGUAGCAGCAAUGAAGAUCGCGAAGGGGGGACAAUUCUGACAGGGGGUCAUUUUCGGCACAACACCUGUUCUAAAAAGGUCCCCGGGAGAGAUGGCGCGAGGGAGUGCGCAGGCAAGUGUGUUGUAAAAGGAGGAGAGAAAGGACGAUAACGAGUAGAGAGGAGCCGAAUUCAGAAAGUAACUUACGUCUUGAGUAUCGUUGGAGAAAGAGGACGUGCUAGUUCUGGAAGAGGAUUGUUCCAUUCCACCGAGUGACUGUCUUUUUCGCCAGAGUGAUGCUAGCUGUCUAACGUUACCCACCGGAGUGGUGGACAUCAAAUAAUUGUUAUCGUGAAGAUAACAGACAUGUCGUUUAUAUUUAACUGGAUCUACAGAGGCCUCAGUGGUGUGCUGCAGUUACUAGGUUUGUAUAAGAAGUCUGGGAAGCUGGUGUUCCUUGGUUUGGACAAUGCUGGGAAAACAACACUACUGCACAUGCUCAGAGAUGACCGACUGGGACAGCAUGUGCCAACCCUACAUCCCACAUCAGAAGAGUUAACCAUUGCUGGGAUGACAUUCACAACAUUUGAUCUUGGUGGUCACACACAAGCCAGAAGAAUCUGGAAGAACUACCUCCCAGCUAUAAAUGGUAUAGUCUACCUGGUGGAUUGUGCAGACCACGAGAGACUACAAGAAGCCAAAAUUGAACUGGAUGAUAUCUUUUGCGUCAGACACGUUAAAGAAAAAGUCUUCUUCCAGUUCGAGGCGCUGUUAACAGAUGAGACCAUCUACAAUGUGCCUGUACUUAUCCUCGGGAAUAAGAUCGACCGCCAAGAGGCAAUCAGUGAAGAUGCACUCCGAGGGAUGUUCGGACUCAUUGGACACACUACCGGAAAGGGUAAUGUGUCACUGAAGGAGCUGAACCUGAGGCCCAUGGAGAUCUUCAUGUGUAGUGUUCUGAAGAGGCAGGGAUACGGAGAUGGUUUCCGUUGGCUCUCACAGUACAUUGACUGAUCGAUCCAUCACUAUUUCUCUUACUAGAUUCACACUAUACAGCCAACUCAAAACUUACUGGGUGGACCAUGAUUAUUUCAAAUAAAAUGGUCAUUUCCAGCAUGGUUCAAGCAACUAUGAUGGAUGUGUAACAAGUUCAGGUCAGCCAAGUACACAAGAGGACAUGCCUCACGAAUCUACCCGCUGGAAAAGCUAUUAACUGCUAGCGUGCUAUAUUUAUUGUCAUUUUUACAUUUGAGAAAGUGUGGCCUCAAUAAGUAAAUAUAUUUCUAAGACAAAUUUUUAUUGAUACAGUAUUUAUACUCUUGUGUUUUGGACAUAUUUCUUUGGGUUCAAACAGUGUUGAAAUAUGUAGGGUUAGUAAAU